CCGCGCACGCGCCGUCAAACCCUAGCUGGCUCGCUCCGUCCCUCCUCCUCUCAUGGCGUCCCCGCGUGCGCCCGACUGGCCCCGUGGCCUCAUCUUCGCACCCGGCGACGCCGAUCUCAUAACAAUCCACCUCCAGCGCAAGAGCUCCGGGUCCUCGCUCCACGCCGCCGACGCCCGGUACAUCCACAACGCGGACGUGUACGCGGCCGAGCCCGCCGCGCUCGUCAGCGGCCUCCUCCCCGCCUCGGCGAGGAGCGACGGCGAGGGCAGGGAGUGGUACUUCUUCACCUCCGUGCGGGCCCAGAGCAGCCGGGACACCCGCAGGUGCCGCGCCGUCGCGGGUGGGGCCGGCACCUGGCAUUCGGAGAAGGCGCGGUGCGUCGUGCUCGACGGGGGCGGCGCCGCCGUCGGGUACCGCCAAUCCUUCACCUACGAGCCCAAGAACGGCUGGCUGAUGCUCGAGUUCAGCCAACAAGAACCCCGCCGCGGCGAGGCCAUGCCCGUCCUCUGCAAAAUCUACCAGAAGCGUCGUGCCGGCCGGUCCGCCUCGAAGACGAUUUCGUCUGGGUCGUCGUCGAUGUCGGGAUCCAAGAGGAAGGCGGCGGCCGCGAACGAGCGCUCCGUCGAGGGUUCCUCGGCCCGCGUGAGGCGAUGCCUGCAGUUCGGUCUGCCUCCUGCCGCACCAAAUCCGCCCGCACUUGUUGCUACAUCGGAGAUUCAAGAAGCAUACUUGCUUUCAGCCCAGCGGCCGCAGGCAGAGCACGAACCAGAGGAGCCUCAAGAACCACCGGUACGCAUAGCACACACAGCCACACCGCUGAUUCCCAGCUUCUCCAUGGCCGCCGACCACGCCCUGACCUUGGACCGCACCGCCUUCCUCCGCCCCGCCCAAGAUUGGCCCAUGCCAGGGAAUUCGGACCUGAGCGACACGUCGACGGUACUACUGGGAAAUUAUGGCUUCGUCUCACCAGCCACCUCCGAGCUGAGCUGCUACAAUGCCACGACACCCUUGAGAGAUAACACCGGCGCUUGGGCCUUCCAGCCGUCCGCCCUGACCUCCUCCUAUGACACCACCUUCCUCCUCCCUGGCCAAGAUUGGGCCACACCAGAGUCGUCACAAGUCAGUGAGGCAUCGACGCUGGACAGCUACGGCUGCUUCUCGCCCGACCACGCCACAUCCAGGCCCACCACACAGCCGAUCAGCAAUGGCACCGGCUAUUGUUGGUCUUUCCCGCAGCACAGCGAGCUAUCAGCGAUUUUUGACGCCUGAUUGAAUGCUUUGAUACGCUUCCACGCUAGGCUGAGAGGAGUGUGGGUCUGCCUCCUUUAGUUUGUAGGGAUUUUUUGCCAUACUCGAUUGUUCUUGGUAGACUUUUUCAGCAGCAACUCUGCUUUCUGUUGGAACCGAGGCUUGGUUCAGUUAACCGACAUCUUAGCGGUCCUCCGGCGAUGUAACUGGGAUGCACACAACACACGUAGCUGUGGAUCCUUCGUUGUGCACUCUUCCUAUAGCCGUGGUUUAGUACAAGAGUUUAUUUUGUGGGCCUCCAAUUGAUUUAGUUUUUUAGAUUAUUAUGCUUUUGUUGCUACUGCACACACACUGAAUAAUUCAGAAAUGGAGCGCUUCUUGUUUACCUGGCCCACACAGCGUUAUAAGGUGAAGAACUUUUUAAGCAAGGGGCCUCGUAGUCUCCUAUUCAUAUGUUUUUGGGGGUGAUGAUUCUUAAAUCUUAAUGUGGUCUAUCCUUCAUUAUGAACUGACAAACAAAGCAGCACAUCAAGCGAUUUGCAUGAUUUCACCCAGUUGGUUAAUCUGGGUAGAACAAUGGUUUUCCUUCCGCGUAUCUGAAAAUGAAAGAGUUCAGUGCUCUAAGUGAUACUUACA